AUGGAAGACUAAAAGCAAAUAAUUCUUUAAAAACUUCAGAGCAACACAGCUAAUAUUAGAAAUCUGAGUAUUAUUGCUCAUGUAGAUCACGGUAUAAUUUAGCAUUUAUCACCUAGGUAAAACAACAUUAACAGAUUAAUUGAUAUCUGCAAAUAAUAUUAUUUCUAAAAGAUUGGCAGGAAAUUUGAGAUAUAUGGAUAGUAGAGAAGAUGAAUAACUUAGAGGUAUAACAAUGAAAUCUAGUUCAAUAUCUAUCAUUUAUGAUAAUCACUUGAUCAAUCUAAUUGAUAGCCCAGGCCAUGUUGAAUUUUCAUCUGAAGUCCAGGCAGCAUUGCGUUUGACUGAUGGAGCUUUAGUAUUAGUGGAUGUUUUAGAAGGAUUUAGUUCAUAAACAUUUAAUGUUUUAAAAUAAAUGUUUGAAGAAGGAAUCAAAGGAAUUCUAGUUUUGAAUAAAGUAGAUAGAUUGAUAUUGGAAAAAUAGAUGGAUCCUGACUAAGCAUUUAUUCAUAUGUCUUAAAUUGUAGAAUAAGUUAAUGCAGCCUUAAGUUCAUUUUUAAAUGAAUAAAUUCAUCAGGUAGAAGAAUAAACAGAGUUUUCUUUAGACGAUGACACUAUAAAAAAUUUAGAAUCAAAUCUCUAUUUUUGUCCUACUAAAAAUAAUGUUGUUUUCUGUAGUAGUAUUGAUGCUUGGGCUUUUACAAUAGGAACUUUUUCUUCCAUAUUUGCAAAAAAACUUAAAUGUAAUUAAACUGCAUUAUAAAAAUGUUUAUGGGGAAAUUAUUAUUUUAAGAAUAAAAAAGUAACUUUAACUCCAAGCAAAGAAGGGUAAUCAGUUUUAUUUGUUGAUUUCAUCUUAAAAAAUAUCUGGAAUAUUUAUAAUAAUAAAGAUAAUAUUUAAAAAAUUUAAUCAAUAGCUGCUUAAUUGUAAUUAAAUGGAUAAAUUGGUAAUUAUAAAUAAUUAAUGUCGAAAUGGUUACCUUUUGAUUAAUGUUUAUUUGAUAGAAUAAUAAAGGAAUUGCCAAAUCCAAUUGAAGCCUAAAGGGCUAGAAAGGAUAUAAUUUGUAAAAGAAUAAAUAGGUAGAUCACAAAGAAUAAUGAUGCUAGAUUUGAUGAAUUAUAUAAAUCAAUAUAAAAUUGUGAUCCUAAUGGGCCUUUAGUAGUUUUUGUAGCAAAGAUGAUAAGUGUACCCCCAGAGUGUAUAGAUGAAAAAUAGCUUAACCCUAAACCAUAAGGAAUAUUAUCUUAUGCAUUUGCAAGAGUUUUUUCAGGAACUCUCCAUUUAAAUCAACCAGUUUUUGUAAUUGGCCCAAAAUCAAAAAUUAUAACUAAUGAAAAUUAAGUUGAUUAAACAGAUAUGUUAUAAUUUGAAAUAAAGAAAAUUUAUCUAAUGAUGGCUCAAUAUUUAGAGGCAAUUAAAAUGAUGCCAGCUGGUAAUUUAGUUGCUAUUGGUGGACUAGAUGAUUUAAUAUUUAAAACAUCUACAAUAUCAUCUGUUCAUUAUUGUCCAUCCUUUGCUCCAACUUUUGUUAAAUUUAAAUCCAUUGUAAGAACAAUGAUAAUGCCAACUUAAAUGGAAGAUCAACCAAAAGUUAUCCAAGCAAUAAAGAAAUUAUAUAAAUGUGAUCCAUCAUUAGAUGUGUAAGCUUUGGAUUCUGGAGAACUAGUUUUAGGAACAUGUGGAGAAGUUCAUUUAUAAAGAUGUAUAACUGACAUUGAGAAAUUAUCAGAGUGCAAAGUUAGAAUAUCAGAACCAAUAAUACCUUUUAAAGAAACUAUUAUUUAUAAAAAUUUGUUUGAAGAAAGCAAUGAAAAAUUUCACAAAAAAAAAGCCAAAGUAUUAGUGUAAGGAGAAUAAAAAUAAAAAAAAUAAUAACAAUUUGAAUAAAGAACAAAAGAUGAUGAUGUGGAUGUUGAAAAGAAUAAAUAAUUUAAACAAAAGCUAUAAGAAGGUGAAGAGACAGAAAUUGUCAAAGACACUAAUAUUUUAGAAUAAGAAGAUAUCAGAUACAAUUAAUUAUUAAAAGAAGAAAUCAAAUUUAAAUAUGACUAAAAAUAACAAGUCAAAAAAAUUGAUCACAAGAACAAAGGAAAAUAAUCAACCAAGAACAAUUUAUUAGUUGAAGUCUAGAAUAAAAGUAAUCUUAUUGAAGAAUCUACAGCUAACCAAAAAAUUACUGCGAAAGUGAGAGCUAUUGGAUUACCAUUUGAAUUAAUAACUUGGAUGGAAAAUAAUUAAAAAUACAUGAGAAAACUAUUAUAUGAAAAUAAAGGAGAUCCUAAAUUAUUUCUAGAAGAAUUUGAUCUUAUUCGCAAAACAUUAAAAAUAGAGAAAAAAUUGAAUGAACUUAUAGAAAAUCAUUUGUAAUGUUUUGGCCCAAAAAAAUGUGGUCCUAAUCUUUUAAUUAACAAAAUGAUUAAGCCAGAAGAUUCAUUAGUUUAAAAAUUAAGAUAGCAAGUUUAAAAUCUGCCUUAAUAACCUUUAAUAUAAAACUAAUAAAUAAUUCAAAUAGACUUUUAAUAGUAAGCUGAAGAAUAAUAUUAAAUUUAAUAGCUUGAGGAAAAAAUUGAAUCAACAAAAGAUAGCAAAUCUUAAUUAAGCGAUACAACUGGGUCAAUAGCAAAAGGUUUAGAAAUGUAUUUAAGUUAAUAAGAAUUAUCUUAAGAUGCUAUGAAUAAUGCUCUUAAUUUAGGAUUCGAUUUAGCUCUAAAUGCUGGGCCUUUGUGUGCAGAACCUAUUAUUGGAGCAUGCUUUAUAAUUGAAUAAAUAAAAUUUUCUGAAGAGGAGUAAUAAUUAUAAUAGGAUACAUAUGGACCAAUUAGCGGCUAAUUAAUAUCAAUGAUGAAGGAUGCUUGUUUUAAUUCAUUUUUAGGAGCUCAACCUAGAUUAGUAGAAUCUGUUUAUAAAUGUACACUUUAGACAGAUUUUACUAAUUAUGGUAAAAGUAUUGAUGUUUUAAAUUAACGAAGAGGAUAUGUUUUAAACGAGAUUCUAAAUUCUUGCACUUCAUUAUUCACAGUUUAAGCUAGAUUACCUUUAAGCAGCUCUUUCGAUUUUUAUUGUUAGAUAUAGUCUGCAACAUCUGGACAUGUUUCUGCUCAAUUAGAUUUUGAUGGAUGGUCUAUUAUUUAAGAAGAUCCAUUUUAUUAACCAUAUACUGACGAUGUAAUAAAUUCAAAUAUUUUUAGGAUAUCGAAGAAAAUGGAAUGCAAAAAGUCGAAAGAAAUAUUGCACGUGAUUUGAUCAUGGCGACUAGAAAAAGGAAAGGCAUGAAUUUCGAAGAAAAAAUAAUUGUUGCUGCAGAUAAAUAAAGAAAUUUAUCGAAAAAAAAAUGA